CCUGUAUGGGGCGUGUCACUGUGUGCCCUGAGAUAUAACAGUCACUGCCUGCAACCGAGCUCAACACAAACGUUUGCUGCUCUGCAUUGACUUGCUACUUACAAUUAAACUAUACGCAGAUAUGAGUGGGACUGCAGAUGAAAUUGUACCCUUGGUCUUUGAUAUUGGCUCAUUUUCAAUCCGUGCCGGCUAUGCAGGAGAUGACCUUCCUAAGUUAGAUUUUCCUACAACAAUUGGCGCAGUGCUUGGCAGAGAGGAUGGCAGCACCCCAACAUAUUACAUCAAUACUAAGUCAGAUGAGCUACCAGUGGAAAACAUGGAGGCUGUAUCACCACUUGAAGAUGGACUUAUUGAAGAUUGGGAUGGCUUUCAGGCUAUUUUAGACUAUACUUUCAAAGCUCUCAAUGCAAAGCCUCAUUUACAUCCAGUGCUAAUAACUGAACCAUUUUCGAAUACCAGAGAAAAACGUGAGAAGUUGACCGAGUUGAUGUUUGAGCAUUACCAUGUUCCAGGAUUUUCCCUCUCUAAAAGUGCAGCUCUCUCAGCAUACGCUAGUGGAAGGAAUACUGGUUUGAUUUUGGAUAGUGGAUCUAAAUAUACAACAGCCAUUCCAGUGCGUGAUGGAAUUAUAAUUCAUAAAGGUGUUGUAAAAUCUCCUAUUGCUGGAGACUUCCUUACUACACAGUGCAGAGAGUUAUUUCAAGAGAUGAAUGUAGAUCUGAUUCCUCCAUAUAUGAUAGAUUCAAAGGAAACAGUACAGGAUGGAGCACCAGCCCAAUGGAAUAGAAAAGAGAACCUGCCUCAAGUCACUGAUUCUUGGUAUAAUAAUAUGUGCAAUCGAGUAGUACAUGAUUUCAAGUCAACCGUUCUUGAGGUUUCGAACACCAUGUACCAUGAGAAUGUGGCUGCUAAGAAACCCCCGGUGUCUUAUGAGUUUCCUAAUGGAUAUAACUGUCAAUUUGGAGUGGAACGUUUAAGAAUUCCGGAAGUGUUAUUUAAUCCUUCACUUGCCAAGAAUUCACUCGACAGUACUAUGCUUGGGAUCACUGAUGUUGUAUCCGAAAGUAUAAAAAUGUGCGACCCUGACCUCCAGCCGAAAAUGUCUGCCAGCGUGGUUGUAGUUGGAGGAAAUACACUACUGCCGGGUUUCACAGAAAGACUGACAAAAUAUCUUUUCCAGAAGACACCAAAGAACACGAGGUUAAAGUUAUUUACACAUAGCUUGGUACCAGAGAGAAGGAGGCUUAGCUCAUGGAUUGGUGGUUCUACAAUAGCUUCUUUGGGAAGCUUUAAGCAGAUAUGGAUUUCAAAACAAGACUAUCAAGAAGGAGGGAAACAAUGUGUCGAGAUAAAAUGUUCUUAAUAGUCUACACAGAUGUUUGUCUUUUUUAAAAAAGGUUCUCCAGGAGCUACCUUGUUAAGGUUACAGCACCUAAGUGUUGAUACUAUACUAUGGGUCACUGGUGACAGCUGUCAAAACUGGGAUUUCUACUCACUUUGGGCAGUCAUGUUUUUGGGACAGAGGCUCCAACUCUUCACCACUUUAUUUAAUACAGUUCAAAUGUUGUACACCUCCAAAACAAUGGCUCAAGUUUUACUUAAAAUCAUUGAAUUGGAGAACCUAAAACAGCUAUCCUGAAAAUAAAAGUACAUUAAUUUGAAAGAACAAUAAUAAUUGUAAAAUUAUUUCUUUAGCAUAUUUCAGUUUUACUGACCUACCACUUUAGAACCUGUGCAACAUUUUUGCUUUUCAAAAAUCAAUAAAAUUGACUAAAACUAGAA